CAGACUCACUUUUUAAACCCCACUAUCCAAUUUAAGAUAAAAGGCACAUUCAAUUCCUUUGAUCACUCAAAAUAUUUCCGUUGCAGAUCAACGAUGGCUGAAAUGAAGUUGGAUCGAGCAGCUGAAGCUCUAUUUUCGCCAUACAAGAUGGGCAAAUUCGAUCUUUCCCAUAGGGUGGUGCUUGCUCCCAUGACGAGGUGCAGAGCUCUAAACAACAUUCCAGGGCCAGCUCUUGUUGAAUACUACGCCCAAAGAUCAACCAGUGGUGGAUUUCUCAUUACGGAGGGCACCAUGAUAUCCCCCACCGCCGCCGGGUUUCCACAUGUGCCUGGCAUUUUUAACAAGGAGCAAAUUGAGGCAUGGAAGAAAGUAGUAAAUGCUGUGCACGCGAAAGGAGCAAUUAUAUUCUGUCAACUGUGGCAUGUGGGCAGGGCAUCGCAUCAAGUGCUUCAGCCUGGUGGGGUUUCUCCAAUAGCUUCCACGGACAAGCCAAUAUCAAAGAGGUGGAGAGUUCUAAUGCCAGAUGGGAGUUACGGGAUUUACCCAAAGCCACGUCAAUUGGAAACCUAUGAGAUACCGCAGGUGGUAGAACACUAUCGCCAGGCUGCCUUAAAUGCAAUUGAAGCAGGUUUUGAUGGCGUUGAGAUCCACGGGGCUCAUGGUUACCUGAUUGACCAAUUCCUCAAGGAUGGGAUCAAUGAACGCAAAGAUGAGUAUGGCGGAUCUCUUGGAAACCGCUGCAAAUUCAUAAUGAACGUAGUUCAAGCAGUUGUGACAGCCAUUGGAGCCGAGAAAGUCGGUGUUAGAAUGUCACCUGCAAUCGAUCAUCUUGAUGCGAUGGACUCCGAUCCACUCAGCCUAGGCCUGGCAGUGAUUGAGAGACUCAACAGGCUCCAAAUAGAUUGUGGAUUAAAGCUCGCAUAUUUACACGUGACUCAGCCUCGAUAUACAGCCUAUGGGCAAACAGAAUCUGGCAAUCAUGGGAGUCCAGAUGAGGAGGCACGAUUCAUGAUGACUUGGCGAAGGACUUAUCAGGGAACUUUCAUUUGUAGUGGUGGAUUCACUAGGCAGCUUGGAAUUGAAGCUGUGGCUCAGGGCGAUGCUGAUUUGGUGGCUUAUGGCAGGCAAUUUAUUGCAAACCCGGACUUAGUGUCGAGGCUCAAGCUCAACGCACCUUUAAACAGGUACGUUAGGGCUACUUUCUAUACCCAUGAUCCCGUUGUAGGAUAUACCGAUUACCCCUUCCUGACCAGUAAUAACGCCUCUAACAUACCUUUGUCACGUUUGUAAUCAUGAAUCAAUUGGCACCUAUACUUAUUUAUAGAAGCCUAGAGCUUGUGUAAUCAGUUGUAUACCUCAGCUGUAAACUAGCUCUCUCUUGUUGUCCCAUCCAUUCUGUAUACUGUAUUAUGUCCUAUUGAAAAUCCAUUGUGCUCUGCCAUGGCCUUUCGUUUUAAUAACAGAUUGAAAGAUUUGAUGAUUUUCUAUUUGAUUGAAA